AGUGGGAAGCCUCCAGUUAAGGACAUGUUCACAGAUCUGAAAGAUGGAAGGAAGCUUUUGGACCUUUUGGAGGGUCUGACAGGGAAACCUCUGCCUAAAGAACGAGGUUCCACACGAGUACAUGCCUUAAAUAACGUCAACAGAGUACUUCAAGUCUUACAUCAGAACAACGUGGAGUUGGUGAACAUUGGAGGGACUGACAUCGUGGAUGGAAAUCACAAGCUGACGCUGGGGCUGCUGUGGAGCAUUAUCUUGCACUGGCAGGUAAAAGAUGUCAUGAAGAACAUCAUGUCAGAUUUGCAGCAGACCAACAGUGAGAAGAUCCUGCUGAGCUGGGUUCGGCAGUCCACGAGACCUUACAGUCAAGUCAACGUUCUCAACUUCACCACAAGCUGGGCAGACGGACUUGCCUUUAAUGCUGUCAUCCACAGACACAAACCUGAGCUUUUCAGCUGGGAUAAAGUUAUAAAUAUGUCCCCAGCUGAGAGACUGGAACAUGCUUUCAGCAUAGCUAAGAACCACUUGGGAAUUGAGAAACUCUUGGAUCCUGAAGAUGUUGCUGUACAGCUCCCAGACAAAAAGUCUAUUAUUAUGUAUUUAACCUCUUUGUUCGAGGUCCUUCCUAAGCAAGUCACUAUGGAAGACAUCCGGGAGGUGGAGACGCUUCCAAGGAGGUACAAGCAGGACUGUGGGGAUGGAGACUUCAACAUGCAGCAGGCUGUAGCACUUGAAGAGGAGCAGGGCAGUUCUAGAGCAGAGACUCCCAGCACGGUGACAGAAGUGGAUAUGGACUUGGAAAGCUACCAAGUUGCUCUGGAAGAAGUUCUUACUUGGUUGCUGUCAGCUGAGGAUGCAUUUCGCGAACAGGAGGAAAUAUCUGGUGACGUUGAGGAGGUCAAAGAGCAAUUUUCCACUCAUGAAGGUUUUAUGAUGGAACUGACUGCGCACCAGAGCAGCGUGGGCAGCGUUCUGCAGACUGGAAACCAACUGGUGGCCCAGGGAAAUUUGUCGCCAGAAGAGGAGUUUGAGAUCCAGGAGCAAAUGCUGCUGCUGAACUCCCGCUGGGAGGAGCUCAGAGUGGAGAGCAUGGACAGGCAGUCCCGCCUGCAUGACAUGCUGAUGGAGCUCCAGAAGCAGCAGCUGCAGCAGCUGUCUGACUGGUUGACGGUCACAGAAGAACGCAUUCAGAAGAUGGAGUCUCAGCUCUUAGCAGAAGAUUUGGAAUCCCUUCAAAAACAGCUGGAAGAACAUAAAAGCCUGCAGAGUGACCUAGAGACAGAACAGGUGAAGGUAAACUCCCUAACGCACAUGGUUGUCAUUGUUGAUGAAAGCAGUGGGGAAAGUGCAACAGCUAUUCUGGAGGAGCAAUUACAGAGGCUUGGCGAGCGGUGGACAGCAGUUUGCCGUUGGACUGAGGAACGACGGGUCAAGUUGCAAGAAAUUCAGCUUUUAUGGCAGGAUCUGUUGGAAGAGCAGUGCUUAUUGAAAGCUUGGUUAACUGAGAAAGAAGAGGCUUUGAGUAAGGUCCAGACAAGCAACUUUAAAGAUCAAACAGACCUGAGUGUGAACGUUCGAAAACUAGCAAUUUUGAAAGAGGACAUGGGUAUGAAACGGCAAACACUAGACCAGCUGAAUGAGCUAGGUCAGGAUGUGACCCAAAUUCUUGGGAGUGGCAGAGCAUCCAGUAAAAUUGAUCAGGAUCAAGAAGAACUAACUCAAAGAUGGGACAGCUUGGUUCAGAAGCUAGAGGAUUACUCUAACCAGGUAACUAAAGCUGUAGGAAGUAUAGGGAUGUCACAGGUUUCACAGAAGACUGCUGUUCCAUUGAAGGAACAGGUAUUGGUUAAACAAUCCAGACAAGAGCUGCCCCCACCACCACCCCCAAAGAAAAAACAAAUCCCAGGGGACAGUGAAGCAAAGAAAAAGUUUGAUGCUGAAAGUGCUGAGCUCUUGAACUGGAUUUCAAAAUCAAAAUCUGCCAUUCAGGCCUCAGACAUCAAAGAGUACAAGAAGAUGAGAGAGACUUCAAACCUGAGAGAAAAGUUGAAGGUAAUGGAAAAAGAAAGAGUUGAAAAAAGCCAAAAGUUAGAUGAUCUGAAACGAAGUGGACAUGUACUUUUGAAUCAAAUGGAAAAGGAAGGACUUCCUACAGUGGAUAUAAAAAAUGUGAUGGAGAAAAUAUUAUCAGGGUGGAAAGACAUGGUUCAACAUCUAGAAGAAGUGGCCAGAAAGAUAAAGUACCAGGAAGAUCUAAAUGCUUGUUUUAAGGAAAUGAGUGAGCUUGAGAAGGCUAUAAUUGAGAAGGAUAGUUGGUUUAGAAAUGACUCUGCUUCAGCAUCGCAGCCUUUGGCAGUCCUGGAAGACUUAUGUCAGCGGGAAUUAACUCGUCUUGUAAGCCUGAGUCCACGGUUGGAGCACUUGAAAGCCACCUGCAAGACACUCACCUCUCAGCCCUCGCCUCCAAACUUCAUUCAGCAGAGCUUGAAUGAUUUCCUUGAUCGCUUCAAGUUGACUCGACAGAAACUAGAGGAACGUCACCAGCAGCUGAAAAAAG